UGAAGUUAUUAGACGCAGACAUUAACGGACAUAGAAAGAGCGAGAGAGAACGAGCGAAAGGGGACGGAGACCAAGGAGGAAAGGAAGGUAGCUUCUGCAGAAGAAGAAUGCCGAGGAGGAAGAAGAUGGAUCUAAUCUUCUUCAUCUGCGUAUUAUAGAUGGCUUCUUUUGCUUCUUAUGUUAGAUGGCCAACUCUCAACAACGAUGCGUGUUUGUUGGAAACAUACCGUACGAUGCGACUGAAGAACAACUUAUUCAAAUCUGUGAAGAGGUUGGGCCUGUCGUAUCUUUCAGAUUAGUAAUUGAUAGAGAAACCGGUAAACCAAAAGGUUAUGGGUUCUGUGAGUACAAAGAUGAAGAGACAGCUCUAAGUGCUCGUCGCAAUCUUCAGGGCUAUGCGAUCAAUGGCCGCCAAUUACGGGUUGACUUUGCUGAAAACGAUAAAAAUUCUGACAGAAACCGAGAAAAGGGCCGCUGUGGACCUGGAUUGGCUUCAAAUGUUGAUGCUCAAAAACAAUUAGGUGGCCUUGCAAUUCUUGGGGAUUCUGCUCUUCAUCAGCCAAUUGGUCUCCCAUUGGCUGCCACUGCUGCAUCAGUCAUGGCUGGAGCUUUGGGGGAUGUUCAGACUGCUGGCAUGUCCUCGAAGCAAAAUGGUCUGCUUGGUCAUUCUGGUUUGGGCAAUGACCCUUUAACCCAUUACAUGGCUAAAAUGUCUUGGAACCAAUUGUAUGAGAUAAUGUCAGAGAUUAAGGUAAUGGCUAUACAGAACAAGGAACUAGCCCGCCAACUGCUACUUGCAAGUCCGCAGUUGCCAAAAGCUCUUUUCCAGGCACAAAUAAUGCUAGGAAUGGUGAAGCCACAAGUGUUGCAGAUGCAAAAUAUUCGGCAGUCUCCUGGUUCACAACUCCAGUCUCAAUUGCAAGAAGGAAAGCAGGGUCAGCAGUCAGCUUUACGUCCUAUUCCUGGACAAAUACCUCUGUUGCAGAAUAAUAUGCAGAUUGGGUUGAUGUCUCGAUUACAAGAAGGUCAAGUGCCUGCUCUUCCUCAGAGUGCUUCAGUUAACAGCCAGCCUUCACUUCUGCUUCAGCAAGGUCUUAUUCAACCUCGAUUUCAGCAUCCACACCAAGCACAGAGUCAAGUUCUAGUAGAGUCAUUAGUGCCAGGGCAGUCUGGAGUUUCAACAGUUUCAUCCAUACAAACACAACCUUACUCUGGUCUUUCCGUUCCACUACAAACUCCAGCAUUAGCAACUUCUACUGCUUUAAAGCAGCAAGUUCAACCCCCUCUGCUACAGCCGCCUAGACCGGUUGGUGCUGUGAACUCAGGGCACAAUGCUCAGUUGCGUCACCCCAAUGCAGGUCUUCAACAUCCUUCACUUUUGCUUCGUCCUCUGUCAUCCCAGCCAAGCUUUCAGCCUGGCUCAUCAGCAUUACCAGGUGGACCAGAGACAGUUCACAGAGAUGCUGAAAGAUCUGCUCAGGCUACUGAUAAUGGAACCUGGGCUACUAGGAGUAACAACUAUUCAAACAUGCCUUCAGGGUUACCUGAACAAACAAACAUUGUUACCGAUUCUUCAGAAGGGAUGAAUCAUCCUUCUAAACUGGCAAGGUUGAAAGAUGGAAGGCAAGAUUCUCAUAGAGUGGUGAAUGUGAAUACUUCUGCAACUGGAUCAUUGGCUGCAAACCUAGCCUCUAGUACUGACGGAGUACAACAAUAUGAGAAAAAAUUUCCUCCGUUGCAGCUUCCACCUGAGGUAGAAUCCACUCUGCUGCAGCAAGUGAUGACCCUCACACCAGAGCAGUUGAGGUCAUUGCCUCCGGAGCAGCAGCAACAAGUGAUUCAACUCCAACAAAUGCUCCGGUGAGUUCAACCCUAGAUGCUUUUGCUGAUGUAUCAGGCUAGCCUGGCGUUGCCUUCUUUCAGGCCUUCACAAGUUGUUGCUGAUGUAGGCAGGUUGGUUGUAAGAUUUUAUCAUGCCCAAUGGUUUGGAAGUGAUGGGUUGAAGGCACUUGUGUUCUGAUUCUGAAUUUCAAGGGGAUGAUUACAUUUAUGUAACAAAUUAUGUGACUGUGAAUAGCAUCUGUCAUUGAGUAAAAAAGAAAGAAGAUGAAAAAAAGGAAGUUCUGAGGUAUUCUUUUCAUAAAGGAUACUGAAAAUUCUGACCCAAUGUAAUUGCCUGUUGUUUGCUUCUUUCUUCCUUAUUACCUCUGAACUAACAAUAUUCUUUGCACAAGGGGAAGUAAAAUAAACUAGACUUUCAGUUUC